UUCAUUCCUGAAAAAGUUCGAACUAUGCGUGAUUGAAAGUGUAUUUUUAUAUUUCUCACUGUUUAUUCCUACACCUAAUUCAAUUAUCCUCCAAAACUAACCAUUCUGCCUGUCUCAGUGACUCCGCGGGGUGCACAAUGGGAAACUUAUUCGGGAAAACGAAAACGAAACCCGUCAGUCGAGUAACAGAACAAGACAAAGCAGUUUUGCAACUGAAACAACAGCGCGAUAAACUAAAACAGUACCAGAAACGCAUUGAGCUAUCACUGGAAAAGGAUCGUGAGCUUGCUAAAAGAUGCUUAGCAAAUGGACGAAAAGAACGAGCUAAAACAUUGCUGCGAAAGAAGAAGUAUCAAGAAAAACUCCUGAGCAACACCGAUGCUCAGCUAGAAACGCUGGAAAAAUUGGCCUCGGACAUCGAGUUCGCUCAGGUUGAAGCGCAAGUAGUCAGUGGGCUGAAGGUCGGCAACGAGGCGCUAAAGAAGGUAAACGAAGUCCUAUCAAUCGACGAAGUAGAACAAAUCCUCGACGAAACCAGAGAAAGUAUCGAAAAACAGCAAGAAAUCGACGCGUUGCUCAACGGUGUCCUUACCGAGGAGGAUGAAGACGAAGUUUUAGCUGAGCUGGAAAACCUUAUCGGAGCGUCCGAUCAGGAAAAAGAAAAAGGUGCAGAGGAAGAAGACAUUGGCAGCCGCCUGCCCGAUGUGCCGGAUGAUGAGUUGGCAAAGGAACGGAAACGGAAGGAAAAAGAUUCUACAGGAUCAACCAAAAAAGUGGCUGUGGAGGCGUAAGAAAUCCAGUGGAUGUUGGGCUUUCGAGAGUACCCAAUGUUCUUGCCAUCAGACGUUUGUUGGCAUUGUUUUCAUUGCGCAUAUAUGUACGUUUUUGGCGUAAUAAAAGAGACUAAAUGAAACGACCGGUGUAAAUCUCCAACAAUUCGUCGGUGCCAAGAAUACUUAGGGCAAAUUCUACUGUCUUAUUGAAGAGCAAUCAAAUCGACGGUCAGAGUUAUGUUAUCUUUAUUUUGUCUUUCGUAAGUCAAUCUUGUUUUAGUGAAAAAAAUAAAAUCA